AUGUGCAUAGACAGAUCUAGUAAACCAGUAUCAUUUAAAGAAGACAACAAAGCAUCGCUGAGGGUUUACAGAUCUCUAAAUGAACGUAUUAUACAAUCCGCAGCUAUUUCUGAUAAAUGA